AUGAAAAUUUUUGAACGAGAAAAGAUACCAAACCUAACCAAGAAGAAAGGAAAUUUGAAAAAGCAACCCAGAAACUGCAGGAAAUGGAUACUACUACUCUUGCUGUUUAAAGUCCUUUCUAUUGCUAAAUCUAAGUGCUUCCUUGGUUUCUUCCAGAACGGGGAGGUGUGUGAACAGUGCAGUAGUGAGUGAGAGGAGUAUAUGUAUUUGAAUCAAACAAGUUUGCUAUGCGAAAGUUGCCCAGAUAACCAAUACUAUAAUGCUAUACGAAGCAUCUGAAUGGAUUGAGAAGGAAGUUGCCUAGGGCCUUGCAUGAGACAGUCAAAAUGAUGGGAGUGACUUCCUGGAAAAGUUUUAGAGCUCAAUAGCUUAGAGUGAGUUGAUAUUAGUGACUAUGAACAGACUAAUUUAUCUUCUCCUGAACUUUUACUUGAAGGUGGCCACCUAAACUUGUCACCUGUUGUGAGAAAUUUUGGAAUUAUGUCAACUAUUGAAUAUUAUGUAGAUAUAUGUAGCUCUCAACCAAUUGAACUGGGAACUCUAAGGUAUCCAUACCGUUCUUUCAAAGCAGUUAGCUAUGAAAUCUUGAGCUUCUAUAGCAACUCGGAUAUAUCAGUCACCAUAUACACCAAGGAUGGAUAUAUCGAAGACGAUACAAACAUCUAUAUAAAUAUGUCAUCUGUUCAAAUAGUUCCUCAUCCUGAUUAUAAUGAGAGUAUUCUGACUCCCACCUUGAUCCCUACUUCCACCCCGAUAUAUUUCUUUGAAAAGACUUUGUUCCACUUACUCACCCCAGUCGCUUCUAUAAAGGACCUUAUCAAUCUCUCAGACUUUGACGAUUAUGAGAAGAGCUUGAUCAUGAAAGAAAAGACGACCAUUUUGCCCAUUAGGACAAGUUUUUCUAUAAGAGACAUCAACAUCUAUAGAGAAGAGUCUGAUCCAGAUUCUUUCCUGACCUUCUUAUUGUGAGGAACUCUCAACUCUAAAGGCAUUCAUAUCGAAAACGUAAACCUAAAUAUUACUGGUAGCUUUAUUCAGACUCAAAGGCCGAUGAAUUUAGUGAUGAAGAACAUUCGAGCAGAUCUUGCAAGGCAAGAGCAUCUAUACUUUGCUCAAGGGACCAACUGUAACUAUCCAGAAGCAGAUUUAAGCUCUACUUUGAUAUUUGACAAUCUUUCAUUUGUCAAUUCCAAUGUUAAUAAUGGAAGAGCUUCUCAGUCAGUAAUUGCUUUGAGUGGGUCUGAAAAUGUUACUGCAACAAACAUUGACUGUAGAAACUGGUUCACUUAUGAAGCUAGUGAGAGUAGAUGAUUCUCUUAUCGGCUUCUCCCAACAUGUAUCCCAUCAGAUUCCUUGAGCCAAAUCCUUAAUGUAGUAAACAUUACAAAUGACCUUGUUCAAAGUGAAGUUUUACCCAACACAAAAUCCUCAAAUAUCCUCAUGACAGUUUACCCUCAUUACCGAAACAUGCACUUCAAAAUCACAAAUCUCACUGUCCAAAACGUCCAAAUCACCAUCAGAGAAGCUUUCAUCGGCCUCCUAGGCUCUCUCAUGGACACAUUCUCCAUCACAGACUCUUCCAUCACAAACUGCACCUCCACCAGCUACAUGAUCGGCACAAUGUUCAGCCUCAGAGGCACCUACUCCAACCUGACCUUCUCCCACAUCCACUCAAACCCCGGUGCCUUCAUCGGCUUUCUCCAAUCCCUCAACGCUACCUUCACCAACCUCCAAAUUCUCAACUACACCUCUCCCAAACUAGGCAGCCUUCCUCCUCUCGACCUGAUCCCAUUACCCACUUCCACUGUAACUUUCACCGGCUUAAAAAUUCUCAACUCCGUACUGUACAUAACCCCUCUAUUCACACUGAAAUCUCCACCGAAGAAAAUCAUAGUGCAGGAUAGCUUAUUCGAAGACCUUAGGCUAGACGCAGGCGUAGCCUUGUUCAGGUUUUUUUAGAGUUAGAGAUUUUGUGUUCAGGAAUCAUACGGUGAAGGGAACGAGGUGUGUGAAGGAAGAGGGAUUUUCAGCCUUUGUGCAGGUUAUGGUGGUUGAUGUGGAGGGAGAAGGGCAAGCGGUGAUGGAAGAUGUGCAAGUGGGGAAUUCUACAGUGGGACUGAUGGAGAUUAGUGCUGUGAGUGGGGGAAAUGAGGAUAGGAAGGUAUUGAGGGUGAGGAAUAUAAGGUAUGCAGGAUGAAGGAUAUUACAUUCGAUGCCCUUGGUUUCGACGAAGGGAGUAAUUUCAGAGAGUUUGUUUCAGAUACAAAUGGAGUUUCUUGAGUUUGAAGAUAUUUUGUAUGAGAAUUCAGGCGAUAUUAUUACUUUUGGGCAUCAGUUAAGCUAUCCUGCGACUGUUAAUAAUUUAACUCUGUCUGGAGUUGAAUCAGGCAGAAUUGAUGUAAAGUCUUUCAAUACAAAGUUUCUAAACUUUAAAACUUCUGUCAAAUUUCAAAAUCUUGCUACCAACAAUGCAUCAUCAAGCCAUAAAUCUCUCAUUCGGACUAGUUUGGGAGCUGAUGUUGAAAUUACAAAUAGCUCAUUUACAAAUAUUGAAAAUAUCUACUUAGACUCUGGAAUAUUCAGUACUGAGUCUGACUCUAUCAUUAAAAUUCAAGGCACUACAUUCCAAAAUAACUCAGCAGUUUCAUCAUCAAUAUUCAAAAUCAAGGAUGAAUCAGUACUCAAAUGAAUAGAAUGAGCCAUAAAUAACAACUUUGCAAUCUCGAGUGGAGUGGUAUCCACAUAGUCAGAUGGGCACUUUGAAUUCAUAAAUUCAAUAAUCAGUGAUAACUCUG